AUGACCGACGCCGGCGACCUCUCUGAGCCCGAGUCACCAGGCGUUCCGACUCCGCCCGCCACCCCUGUCCGCAAACAGGCUUUCAACGACAAGACCUACUUGGUCAAUGCACCCAUCUCCACCAAGGCCCCCGCCGGCUUCCCAUUCACCUACCCCUCGCCACCCGUCUCCAACAAGGGUCGCAAGCACCGACGGGCUCCUAGCGAAGGCGUCUUCCAUAUGUCUUCGGACGAGGACCUGUCCUCCGGCCCCGGCGGUGUUGUUUUGAACCAGAACCUCUUUGGCUUGGCCAGGAACCGCUCGCCACAGGCGAAGGCUCCUUCAACCCCACCAAGCCUUAACAGGGCUGCGGGUACCGUAUUCAUCAACGAUCUUAACGGCCAGAAAGUCGGAGGCUACUUUGCCAGCUCUCUCUUCCAAAACUCUCCCAGCCCGGACGAGCUUCCGGACCCCAACCUCUUCUGA